AAAGAAAAAAAAGUAAGAUAUAUAUAUUUAAAAAUAAAACGAUUUAUUUAAUCACUUCAAAUUGAGACUGUAUUACUUAAUAAAUAUUUAUCUCCCCUCUAUAUAUACUACUGAUUUAUCCAUUUUAAAAACAAACAAACAAAACAAUUAAACCAUAAUGAUAACCAAAGAAAUUAUAAAUCAAUCAUCAAUAAAUCAAUCAUCAAUUAAUCAAUCAACAAAUUAUAUUGAAUCAAUUUAUCAUUUAUGUUAUGGUUAUUUAAUACAUAAUUUAAAAAUUAAAAAAAUUAAUAAUCAAUUACAAUUAUUUGAUAGAAAUAUAGCAGAACAAGAAAUUGAUAAAAUUAAACCUAUUUGUUCUAUUCGAUUAUAUUUAUUAUUUUGUAAAGAUUGUAUACGUAUAAAACGUUAUAUUACUAAUACUAAUCGUUAUAAACGUUAUACAUUAUAUUAUAAACAAAUUGAAAUUUAUUAUUUUACACCAUAUAUGAAACAUUUAUUAAUAUUAGGUAUUAUAUCACCAAAUGGUAAACAAAAAAAUUAUCAAUAUUAUUAUAUUAAAAAUAAUGAUGAUCAUUAUAAAAUACAAAUAAUAUUUAAUCAAAUUUUUGAAAAUUCAUUAAAAAUUUUAACAAAUAUGCCUAUAAUUGGUCAAUUAAUUAUAAAUAAUUUUAAAUAUGAAUCUAUACGUAGUAAAAGACUUGGACGAAUAUGUAUGAAUGAUUUACGAGAACCUCUUGAUGAAGUUGAUGAAAUUAAAAAUAAAAAAAAUCAAUUAAAUGAUACAGUUAUUGAAACAUCUAUGAAUAGAUACUAAUUGAUGUCACACACACACACACACAAAAAAAAAGAGUAAUACUUUUGAUGAAGUUUUGUUUUGUGAAAUGGAUGGUAACGCUUUUUUUUGAGUAUAAAAUGUUUGUUUUUUUCAAAAGUUUUACAUAAAAACAGUUUACUAAAAAAUGUAUGUGUAUUAUAUAUUUAAAUAAAUAAAUUUGUUUUUAAAAACUU